AUUAAGCGACUAUGGGGAUGGACCAUAAUGCACUUCGAGAAACAUAUUAAUCUUUAACAUUAUUGCUGUACCUGUGAAAAGUUGACUUCAAGUCCUUCGAUGGAGUUCUCUUCUUCGUCAUCAUCUUCAUCAUCUUCAUCUUUCUUAAAAUCAGGACCCCAUUUCAUAUACGAUGUGUUCAUCAACUUUUGGGGAGAAGACAUCGGUAAAAAGUUCAUUUCUCAUCUCUAUUAUGCCCUUUUAGAAGCUCAAGUCAAAACUUUUAUUAACGAGGAGAGUCUGCCGAAGGAACUGGAGCUGAAAGAGCACAUGCGAGCAAUAGCAGCCUCUAAGAUUGCAAUAAUCGUUUUCUCCAAAACAUACGCUGAAUCUAGCAGCUGUCUUCUUGAGCUUGAAGAAAUCAUUGAAUGCCUCCAAACAUUUGGCCAAAUAGUUUUGCACGUGUUUUACGAUGUUGAUCCAUUGGAUGUACGGGAUCAGGUGAGUGAUUUUGGAAAAGCGUUGCAAGAAACUGCAGAAAAAAGCUAUUCAGGAGAACAAGUGGAACAUGUGUUGUCCAGGUGGAGCCGUGCACUCACCACAGCUUCAGAUUCCACUGGUUGGGAUGUCAGAUAUUUCGAGCAUGAUGCUCAACUUGUAGAGCGAAUUGUUAGUGACGUGAAGACAUUUUUGGACUAUAAAGACUUGUUGAUUACCCCAUUUCCUGUUGGAAUAGACUCCCGCGUGGAAGACGUGGUUAAAUGUAUUGAAAGUCAAUCUACAAAAGUGUGUAUGAUAGGGAUAUGUGGAAUGCGAGGAUCAGGGAAAACAACCAUAGCCAAAGCCAUCUACAAUCGAAUUUAUCGUGAAUUCAUUGGUAAGAGUUUUACCGAAAGAAUUAGAUUAUUAUCUUGGGAUACAGCAUAUAAAACAAAUAUUCGUUCGCAACUCCUUCAUAACGUCCUAAAGUUCAAGGUGCCAGACGUUAGGAGUAGAAGAACUAUGGUCGACCAUGAACUUUCUGGAAGAAAGUUGCUCAUUGUGUUUGAUGAUGUGAAUGAGUUUGGCCAAUUAGAAUAUUUAUGCAAGAAUCGUGAAUGGUUCGGUCAAGGAACUGUGAUAAUCAUUACGACUAGAUAUGUUCGCUUGCUGAACCGAUUCAAAGUUAAUUAUGUUUAUAAAAUGGAUGUUAUGAACAAAAAUGAGUCCCUUGAACUUUUUAGUUGGCAUGCCUUUAGAGAACCAAAACCAAGAAAAGAGUUCGGGGAAGUUGCAAGAAACACGGUUGCUUAUUGUGGAGGACUACCAUUAGCUCUUGAAGUCCUUGGUUCUUCUUUAUAUGAUAGGAUAAUGGUAGAAUGGGAAAGUAUAUCGUCACAAAUUCCCAUCGAUAAAGUUCAAGAAAUAUUGAAAAUAACUUUUGAUGAUUUAACUGACAUGGAAAAGAAUAUAUUUCUUGAUGUAUGUUGUUUCUUUAUUGGUAAAGAGAGAGGCUAUGUUACAGAAAUACUAAAUGACUGUGGACUACUUGGUAAUUAUCCGAUAGAAGUUCUCCUACGACUUGGCCUCGUAAAAGUUGAAAGGAACAACAAACUUCAAAUGCAUCCUUUGCUACAUGACAUUGGAAAAGAAAUUGUUCGUCAAAGCUGCCCAGAGGAAGCGGAGAAAAGGAGUCGAUUAUGGUUCCAGGAUGAUAUAAAAUACGUACUGAAAAAUAAUACUGGGACAGAAGCUAUUGAGGGAUUGUCCCUGAAACUACAUUCAACCAGCAGAGAUUGCUUCGAAACUCAUGCUUUCAAAAAAUGAAUAGAUUAAGAUUGCUACAACUGGAUCAUGUACAACUUGCUGGAGAUUAUGAGUAUCUUUCUAAAAACCUAAAAUGGAUUUGUUGGAAAGGAUUUCCUUCUAACUACAUUCCAAACAACUUUUAUAUGGAAAAUGUAAUUGCACUGGAUUUAAAGCAUAGUCAUCUUCAAUUCGUCUGGAAGCAACCCCAGGUUUUAGAGUGGUUAAAAUUCCUUAAUCUUAGUCACUCCAAAUACUUAAGAGAAACACCAGACUUUUCAAGACUACCAAGUCUUGAACGGCUCAUUCUAAAAGAUUGCCCAAGUUUGUGCAAGAUACACCCAUCCAUCGGAGACCUACGCAAUAUACUGCUAAUAAAUUUGAAAGGCUGCACAAGUCUAAGCAGUCUCCCAAAAGAGCUAUAUAAGUUGAAAUCUUUAAGAACUUUCAUCCUCUCUGGUUGUUUCAAGAUUGACAUAUUGGAGGAAGAUAUAGUGCAAAUGGAAUCCUUGAUAACUCUAAUGGCUGAAAAUACAGCUGUGAAACAAGUACCCUAUUCACUUGUCAGCUCAAAAAGCGUUGCAUAUAUAUCCCUACGUGGACUUGAAGGAUUGUCAGAUAAUAUUUUUACUCCUAUCAUUCGAACUUGGUUGUCACCAACAAUGAAUCCCCAAUCUUAUAUCAGUCCCUGUUACAUGGGUAUGGAGAAUAUUAAUUGGAGCGAUCUUACGCCAUUGCUUGGUGGGCUUGCAAAUAUUCGAAGUGUUUUGGUUCAAUGUCACACAGAGUUUCAACUAUCUAAGCAAGUAAAAACAAUUCUUUUCCACCACGAUGUAGAUUCUACAGAGUCAAGAAUUUCAAAGCAUCAGUUGAGGUUUUCUUUGAUUGGUGUUGGAAGUUACGAUGAAUUCUUCAACACUCUCAACGAUAGAGUUUCCGAGGGAUUGGAAAACAGCGAGUCUUGUGAUGUUUCUCUUCCAGGUGACAACCAUCCUUACUGGUUUUGCCAUAUGGGUGAGGGAAAUUCUGUUUCUUUUACUGUGCCUCAAGAUUGUGACUUGAAGGGAAUGACUUUGUGUGUUGUUUAUUUAUCAACCCCUGAAAUCGUGGCAACCGAAUGUUUUAGAAGUAUCGUAAUUGCUAAUUACACAAAGUGUACAUUACAGAUACACAAGCAUGGCUCAGUAAUUUCAUUUAAUGGUAAAGACUGGGAGGAAAUCAUAUCAAAUUUAGGAUCAGGAGAUAAGGUGGAGAUUUUUGUGACUUUUGAUCAUGAAUUGGUGGUCAAGAACACGGUGGUCUAUCUUAUGUAUGGUGAUUCCAAUGGCUUGGAAAUGGGGCCUCGCCCUGAGCCAAAGGAAAAUCCUCUGAAUAAAAUGGUAAUGUGUGACUUCUGCAAGUUAUGGUUCUUCAUUGGGAACAGAUGAGGGUCCCUUUAGGAGUGUCCUUGGUUAUAAUUUAUUAAUUUGCACUGUUUUUCUGGUUUUUGCUGAGUAGUAGUUUAUAGUUAAGCAAUUUAAUGUCUGUUUUGCCCUGUUUCUCACUCCUCUCAUUAUACCUUAUUGGAUCCUUGAGUUGUUUAUUCUAUUUCCUAUCUAGUUGUUAUUUUUGUAAACUUUUUUCCCUUUUUACCAUUAUCAAUACUGUAUCAAGAAAUAAACAGAGUUGAUUUUCAGAAUUAAGGUAA